GACGCAAUAGCGCAUUUGAGAGUAGCAUUGUUUGCCCCUUAAAUCAUGAUGCCUCGAUGAAAUUUCCUGAGCAUUACGAGGUAUAUUCGACGCAAUCAUGGAAGCUUUACUACCGUCCGAGAUCGCGCGACUUGUGCUCGGUUAUUUGGAAGAUCAAAAAUGUGCUGAAGCAGCUAAACUGUUUUUAGAGACAUCUCCGCACUUGCAAGAAUGCCGUACGGUACUUUCUUGUGGGAGGAGAUUUAGUACCAGAGUUAAUGGUCUAACGUUGAUGGAUAUUAUUGAAAAAUUAUCAGCCGUCAGUGCUAUGAUUCAAGAACGGUUAAGCAAAGCCACUGAUUGUGAACAGUUAAAGCACUGUGGAGAUUUAAUAGAGCAGCUCAAGUUUCUUGUAGAAGAGCCACGUGGUCAACGAUUUGUUGUAAAUAUUAAUGUACCUUCACAGAGUAAUACACAAACAUCAAAUGGUUCACCUGUUGUUGCAAGCAAUUUGCGGAAAAGGCACCAUAGUAAUAGCGAACGAAUUAAACGCAAUAUUAAAUCUCAGUUGAAUUUAGUACAAUCUGACAUCAUGAGCCCACCAGCAAGUUGUCACAAUGUUGACACAACACCGUUAGAAAGUCUGCCUGGAAAUGUUGAUUUGUUAAAGCAGAUAGAUUGUGCUACUCAUAUAGCGAAAAGAGAUGACAAUUUCAUACAGGAAUCUCACAGACAAUGUGAUUCCGAUAAACAUAAUGGUACAAAUAGUAUUGCUACACGUAAUAGAAAUAAUAGUACUCGGAUAAGUUCAGACGAUGUUUCAAGUGUACGAAGUUGCGAAAUGGACAUUGAUGAUAAAAGAAAGGAAGAAAGCAAUAUAAUUAGUACAAUACCUGAACGGUAUACUGCAGCUACAAGUACAGAAGAAUUAUUGAGUUUUUCUAGUGCAGAAGUCCAAACUAUUCCUUAUGAGAUACCUGAGUCAGAGUCCGAAUCUAACGAUGUGCCUAUUGAAAAUCUAAGUAUAUUAACGAAAGAAAUGUUGAAUCGUGAAGAAUUACAACAAUGUAUUGCAGAGAACAUCAACAGAGCAAUCAUUCCUACGGACUUAUCUUUGAAAGAUGACAAUUUGAAUGAAUCGAUGAUCGGUGAAGGGAACACUUCAUUUAUGGCUGAGAUCAAUAAUGCUAUUAAAUCAAUCGUUGAAACAACAGAGUCGGAUCCUGUGUUUAAACGAUUUAUCGCUGAAACCAUUGGGGUGCAUACAGAAACAGACACAAGUCCAGAGGAAGAUGGUGAAGGAAAGUUAAGCCAAAAAUUUGCUAAUGAAAUACAAAAGAAUCAAAUGGAAACAGAUAAGGACAAUAUUAUCUCAGCAGAGCCAGUGGUAAUAGAUACUAAAGUAUUCACGGAGGAUGGCACAACGGAUGUCCCUUUAAAACACAGACUUCGUAGUUCUUCAAGACAACAAUAUAACAGAGUUGAAGACGAAGUCGACAAAGCGAGAGAUCAAGAGAAAGAUCGAAAUACUUUAGAAGAUCAAAAUGCAGCUGCAGUGUUGAGUAUUAUAAAUGCCAAUAUUAUUAACACUGUGUCUGACAAUGACAAAAAGACUCUUGAUGCAAAAGAAUUGACAACCGUAAAUGACGAUAAUGAACAAAAAAUGCAAACGAUGACAUCUACAGUAAGUAAGAAUGAUGUUGUAAAGCCGUUAGCAGAAAUAGACAUACAGAAAACUAAUGACGUUACAUUAUCUGCAAAUAGCAAUAUACAACCUAAAAUUAAAAAGUCCGUAAAGCGACUAAGACCUACGAAACCUAAACGCGAUCAAACAACCAGUGAUAAUCAAUCUAAUUCUGUCCAGUCCAAUACAAUUCAACCUAUAACAGAACACGAAAUCAUGACUAUGCCAACAUUAAUAGUGUGUUCGAAAGACGAGAUGGAUAAUCUUUUGAUAAAUCGCUCGUCAACUAUUACAUCAACUUCCACUUCGCGUUUUAUUCCGAUUGCUCCGAAAGAUCCAAGCAGAAUUAAUGAAACCGUGGAAACUUUAUAUUUAAGGACAGUAAAUGUGGCACAGCAAUUACCUAUGACCAAGACACUGUCAUCCGUGAUGGAAGAACCAAACAGUCCUGUGAACCAAGUGGGAUUAUUACAAUCAAAAAACGGUAAUGUGAACAAACGGUUAAAAAUCAUACACCAAACUGACAUGACAGUACCCACCAUCAAUAUUGAUCAACAAAUAUUAAAUUGUCCAAUAGAAUCGGUGCAAAUUAAUAAAAUCGUUGGAGGUGAAUCGAUAACGCUUUACGCCAAUGAGACGAGCGCCAAAACGUCAUUGGAUGGUACCAAUAUGCCUAUGAUCAAUUUGGAGGAAAAUAUUAGCCUAUCGGAUAGCGGAUUUUCUCCAUAUUUAAAAUUUAAUUGUAGCAAAAUCAGCCAAGCUCACAAUCUUUCGGACAUUGAUUUAGCGCCUGUGAUGGAAAAUGUGGGGAAUACAACAAAUAAUAGAAACGAACAGUUACCUAAGAACGUCGAUGUUAUUACUAAACGCACUCCGAAAUCUUUGUUAAAAAGUAGAUCCAAAAAUCAUAGAUUAAGCUUGUCCACGCCGCGCAAACGAAGCAGUCACAUAAGGGCGCUUGACUUUAGCACUCCUACGAGAACGACAAGGAAAACGAAUGGGGAUGGAAACUCUCAGUUUUCAUCUACAUCGACGAAACGUUUGAAAUCUGUUUGUAGGACUUCAUUAUUUAGAUCACCGGCGCUUUCUAAUACUUCCGCUCAAAAGCAGAAGAGUCCAAUAAAAGUUAGUCAGUCUUAUAGAAUUCCCAUAGCUACUAGAAGCCCUGCGCCCAAACUCAUGGGUGGUUGGGAUAAGUAUAAUGGUGUUGGUGUUAUUAUAGGGGAGGUCUCUCCACAUGGGAGUACAAGCGCAUCUUGUUCUUCCUCGGAGGAUAGGAUCGUUCAACACAAGCCGUCUAAGUCCUUAGCAGGAAGUUGGGAUGCUGAUUUACGUAAGAAUAUAGAAUCGAAUAAAAGAGAUGAGAAAGAUGAGUCGGAUACCAAGAAGCCUGUAAAGAGAAAAAAAAAUUCUAUCAAAGAUAAUGAGAUACAUAAGAAAACUAAAUACAGUUCUCGAUCAACGAAGAGCAACGACGAAAGAAAGACUGGCAGUAAAUUAAAAGUGAACAGAAAGUUUAAGCAUGAUAUGGAAGACAUUAAUGAAUUGGAAGAGAAUUCUCAAGAAAACAUAAGAAUAACAGAACCGCAAAAUAACGAAAAAGAAAAUAUAAAAAAAGCUACUGUUAAUACUGUAGAUUUCGUAACGAACAAAUCUGACAAGAUUUCAACUAAUACCUGUGAGACAUCGGCAAAAACAAAUAGUACAAACGCAUCCAGCAACGAUGCGGCAAUAUCCGAAAAGAAACCUGUAAAAAAGUAUGCGCAACUAAAAACAAUUUCGACUAAUUUAAGGAAGUCUGAUAACGAAAAAGAAAAAAACAUGGAAGUAACACAAAUCAAUUUGCAAGUGUCUGAAGUUUCGAGAAUUUUAUCCGUGGACAGUACACAGCAUGUCUUGCGAAUGCCGGAUAUGAUGAGCUUGGAGACACCUAGAAAGUUCGACAACAUAUCCGGUCCUCCACCGACGCCAAGAGUACUAAGUCCCUCUAGUAAUCUAAUUACUCCGUUUAUCAAGAUCAGCGAUGAUUCUUCAAAGAUACGUAGUUUUAUUCCCACCCCGGAAUUCCCGAUAACCCCGGGCGUAGCUAUAACUCCGAAAGAGGAGAUAACUAGAGAUGUUAUAAAAAGAGGUGAGUACGAUUCCCCAUACUACAAACCCACCUCUGAGCAAGCUCAGGAAUCUGAUUUGAAGGUAUCUAACAAUAAGCCUAAAGACAACAAUACACAAGAGUCACCCAUUAUAUCUUCAUCGCACAUACAAUUACAUUCGGUGCAUAAUAGUCUUACUUCUGGUAAUACUUAUCAGACGUGUUCUUCUAAACUAGAGAUAACGGAGUUCGAAGUGAUCAAGGAGAAUUUACCAAAGGAAGAAGCUAUCAAAGAGUUCAAAAUUGCAUCUUCCAAAGAUUCAGGAAGCGCAGAAUUCAACGCUUCCAUUGUAACAGAUUGUCACGUGGAUCUGAUACAGAUAAAUGAAUUUAAAGGUAUAAGUGAGCAUCAGGAAAUAAUAGCCGUUGCCAACGAUUCUCACAAUGACUCUGAGAGUAGCUCGUCAUCCAAUACAUCAUCGUCAUCAUCGUCAUCCUCGUCAUCUACAUCCAGCAGUUCGAAUACAUCGAUGAAUACAUGUUCGCCAAAUGAGAAAUGCGACAAAGCUCCAAGUAAAACGAGCACAGACAUCAGUAGCGAUUUCGCGGAAAAAAGCAUUAACGCACCGAAAAAUAUAAAUGAUGCAACGAAUAGACAAAACGCAUGUAAAAAAUCAGAUAAUGCGAUUGAAACAGAGUCUUCGCCAAAGAAAAUAUUCGCGAUCACGAAAACUGACGAUCAGCUAAAGAAUACCGAAAAAGAAACCCCAGCUAAAGAUGAGACUUUGUUAAAUGAGGCUGAUAUUUCGGAAACGCCCAGCAGCUCAAAAAGCGGAGUAGAAAUGAUUAACUUAACGACAAAAAUAUCGGCAAUUAUAACGAAAGACAAAAAAUUAUCAAGAUCAAAUAAGCCGCCAAAGAAUAACAGCAAAAUACAAAUCGACAAACCGAGACCACUGCCAAAGAUAAUAGAUAUACAGUGUAUUCAACCAGGAUUGAUCCAGUUGCGAAAACCGAUUAAAGAUGAAUGCCAAUCCGAGGGCGAGCAAAGCAUAUCUGUGAACAAUAAAUUUAUGCAAAGGCAGCUAUUAGAAGAAAAACGACAACGCAUCAUGGCUAAGAUCAAAGAUAACUUGAAUCCUUGUGGAACAAAGUAUAAACGCAUUACAAGCAAAGCUUCAGAAGCACUAAAGAAGUUUGGUAGAGGAAACCGAAAUAUACGUUCAACGGUAAAAUAUUCCAGAAAUGUUAAUAAGAAUACGGAGCCGCAAGAUAAUCGACAGGAAACCUCGAGAAAAAAUACGCAAAAACAACAUAAGCCGAAAAAACAAAAUCUCGUGAAUAAGCGCUGUGACAACAAAGAAAAAACGACGAACCAAGUUGCUGCAUCGAAAAGUACAGAUUCUAACUUAACGAAUUAUAAGAAUAAUGGUAGCAAGCCGCUUAACGAUCAUACGACCAAACAAUUCGUAAAUGAUAUUUGUGAAAAUAAUAGAGUCGAAAAUUGUAAGAAAAACGAAUUCAUGGAAUCGCAUAAUUCCUUAUCAGAAAAUCAAGAUAAUUUAAAAAAGAUGCUAGAUACUAAGGAGAGUAUAGAGGAAUACUGUAAUAUUGAAAGUAAUGUCGACAAAGAUGGAAUAGGAGAAACACUUAAAAAUAUUGAUGAACAAGAACAAAUCUUGAAAAAAGAAAAUUUGGACAAAUAUAUUGUUACACAAGAAAUAUCAGUUCCGGAUAAAGUAAAGCAUGACCAAACGGAAGAUAAAAAAAAUAAACCGAGACAGUUUUUAAAUGAUAAAUCUGAUUACAAAAUAUUAAGAUAUAAGGUGGAUCAAGUAAAGCGUGACUUAUUUAGUGACGAGGAAAAUGAUAACAAAACAUCUUCGGCAAAAAAUGACAAAACUAAGACAAUCGAUGCAAAAAUUCAAAAUUCUAAUCUUGAAGCUUCGGACAAGAAGGAAAACGCCAAUGUCGAAAAUCCUAAACAGGAAUUAUCGACCGUUCUUCAAUGUUUGCAAUUGGUGCCAGCGUCUAAAAAGGAGUAUUUGCACAAUAGAAAAAGUCAAGCUGAACAGCAACACAAAGAACAGAAUGAACCUGAAAACGAAAGUGAUGAGUUGCACCAAACAGACGAUGUUCAUAACAAUAAAACAGAGUAUCACUUUGUAUAUGACGAUAGCAUACCGAUGAAAAAGAGAAGAAGGAGGUAUAGCGCACAUGAAUUACAGAUCGAAAUCAAUUAUGCAGAUCUCUCGGAUCCGAAUCCCGUCGAGAUCAUCAAGAUAAUGAAAGCUAUUGAAUUCGAAGAAAUACUUAAUCUUCCGCCUAAGAAACGAACAGUGAAUAAAAAAUCUCGCACAAAAAACGAAAAAGUUUGCGAAACACCUAAGACGGACACGUUUAAUCUAAAAGAUGAUACCACAAAACCUUUGGCUACGUCAUCUCCUGUAGAUGAACCACCAAGAGCUAAAAUGAAGAAGACGAUUAAAACUGCUGCGACAAACAAAAUUAAUAACAAUAAGCAAUCUGAUACAAAGAAAAAGCAAAAACUAGAUAAGCAGGAAAAAGUUUCAGAUGUCAUUACCAAAAGCCGAAAGAGAAAACUGUCAGAAGCAAAAGAAACGAAACAGAUUGAGAAGAAAUGCCCGACUGAUCCUCAAGCAUUACUUAGUAACUUAGAUGAAAUGGACCUGAAUAAAUUCCUGUCUACAGUUCAUGGACCUGAAUAA